AGCCCUGUGAUAGACUGGCGUCCUGUCCAGGUGAACCCCGUCUCUCGCCUGAUCUCGGCUGGGAUUGGCUCCAGCCCCCCGCGACCCCGUUCGGGACUAAGCGGUCUGGAUAAUGGAUGGAUGGAAGGUUUGAUAUAAAUGCUCAAAAACAAGGAGUCUAUAUGUUAUUCUGAGAUGAAAGGAAGCUUUCCAAACUGCACCGCUGCUUUAUCUCCAGACACCUGCCAUCAGUCUGAUCCAGACAUUGUUGCAGUUCAAACCAUUUUCAGGCGCCUUUAAAUAUCCAGACACCUGCCAUCAGUCUGAUCCAGACAUUGUUGCAGUUUAAACCUUUUUCAGGCGCCUUUAAAUAUGAGAUGCUUCAGCACAAACUGCGCAUUUUUUAUCCUGAAGUCACAACAAUGCAAAGACAGCUCCAGAACCCCCCGGAGGAGGACAGCUUCGACAUGUGGCGUGACUACAUGAACCUGAGCAAACUGCUGGAGGGGCUGCGCCGCAGGCCAGAGCUGGACCUUCGAGAUGCUGCGGGGUCAAAGAAAGAAUCAAAAGCACAGAGGAGCCGGAGCCCCAUCCAAGCCUCAUCCCGCCGGGACAAGCACAAAAUCUCAGAGAGCAGGUCAGCCAGCAGCCUGUCGGACGCCAGCAGCCUGUCGGACACCAGCAGCCACGGGACUUCUUCAGAAUACUGCCGCUUGUGCAAGCAGAACGGGGAGUCUCAAAGGGUGUACCUGUCACACAGGCUGAAAUCGGACGACGGCAAAGUCAUCUGCCCCAUCCUCCGGAAAUACACCUGCCCCAUCUGUAAAGCCACCGGGGACUACGCUCACACACUCCGCUACUGCCGGCAGGCGAAGAAGCAGGUGGAGGAGAAGACGCUUUCCAAGUCCUGGUAGCAGAUCACGGACACUGAAAAGACUGUACAUAGUUAUCAAAAACUAUUUGGUCAAGUGUUCCUGUCCACAAAGACUGUUUCGGGUUCUCAAGGUGUGCAGAAAUGCAUUUUGCGGGGAGACGUUUCAUUUUUGAGGCAAGUGUUUUGUAAAGAUUUGGUUAACACUGCUUGUAAAGUUUAAUGGGUCGUUUUCUAUGUUACAAGAUACUGAGGUGUUGAGCUGCACUUGAAUUUGAAAUAAAACUUGUCUUGAGUUAUA